AUGUGGUCAGACAAUGGCACUACCUUCGUAGGUUCCCGUCAUCGUUUGCGCGAAUUCUCUAAUUUUCUUGAAAAAGAGUGCAUACAAAAUGAAAUCCAGUUAUUUUUGCACGAACAGCGAAUAACAUGGAACUUCAUACCAUCCAACGCUCCACAUUGUGGAGGACUCUGGGAAGCCGCGAUAAAGUCUGCAAAAUUCCACUUAUAUCGCAUAAUCGGCAAUGCUCAUCUAACUUUCGAAGAGAUGCAGACUAUUUUAUGCGAUGUAGAAGCGAUAUUAAAUUCACGGCCCAUCGCUCCAUUGAGCGAAGACCCCAAUGACCUCGCUUAUUUGAGCCCCGGACAUUUUCUAAUCGGCACUACCGUAGACAGUUUUCCUUGCCACGAUUUGAGCGACAUAAGCGAAAAUAGGCUCGUUCGUUGGCAACGCGUAGAACAAUUGAGGCAACAUUUCUGGCGACGGUGGAGUUCAGAAUACCUCCACACCUUACAAGCGUGUUCCAAAUGGAAGAUUAGCAAGGGGAUCAAUUAA